AUGGCACUUACAGUAUCAUGGAUGUGUUUCUUUGGUGACACUGACAGACAAGGUCUACAUUAGUCUUGUGGUCUAUGCCUCAAAAGAGCUUCAUUCCACAGCAAGCUAGUGCUACAGCUGCAGGCCUUUGAUCUGUUCUAUAAAUUCCAAGUGUCAAACAUGGGCAAGAACACCCAAGCAACCCAAUCCUAAAUACAAUAUCCAAACACCAAAACCGCUUGCCUUGAGCCAUGUUCUCCUUACCGAACAUGCCUUCAUCAUCAUCACUUCUAUCAGCAUACACCACUUUUGCAGCAGCAUCCAUGCUGGUUCGGACCAUGCUGAGUGAAGUCCAGAAUGUCACCAAUCACCUCAUACCCCAACCACUCCAAGAGAGAAUCCUAUCCAAAUUUCAGGGCCUCAUGGGGAACAUUUCGUGCCAGGGGACUAUUGUGAUUGAUGAAUACAAUGGACUCUGCCUCGAUGAAAUGUUUGAGGCCUCUGAAAUCUACCUGCGGACGAAGAUCAGCCCAACGGUUGCACGGCUUAAGGUAUCCAAAGCACCAGGAGAAAAGAGCCUCAGUGUCACUAUCAACAAGGGGGAGAAGAUUAUCGAUACUUUUGAAGGUAUUGAGCUCGUUUGGCAAAUGAUAAGUACCGAGACACAAAAGACAAGCACUGACUAUGAAGGUGGCUUCACUACAGAAAAGUCUGAUCAGAGAUCAAUUGAGCUUAGCUACCAUAAGAAAUACAAGGACAAGGUACUGAGUUCUUACUUGCCUCAUGUCUUGGAACGAUCAAAUGGCAUAAAAGAAGGAAACAAGGAGGUGAAGCUCUACUCAUUGUCAGGGUUAUGGGAUUCAGUCAAUCUGGACCAUCCAUCCACUUUUGAGACGUUGGCUAUGGAUCCAAAACUCAAGAAGGAACUGAUUGAGGACUUGGACAGGUUCACGAGGAGAAGAGAAUUUUACCGGAGAGUUGGCAAGGCAUGGAAGCGCGGGUACUUGUUGUAUGGGCCUCCUGGCACAGGCAAGUCGAGCUUGAUUGCAGCCAUGGCCAACUACCUCAAAUUCCAUGUCUACGACAUGGAGCUCACAAGUAUCCAUUACGAUGAAGACCUUAGAAGGGCUUUGCUCUCUACUUCAAAUCGAUCAAUUCUUGUGAUAGAGGACAUUGAUUGCAGCAGCGAUUUUCAAAACCGACAAGACGCAGGAAACAACCAAGGUGACAAGAAGGUGACACUAUCGGGCCUUCUUAAUUUUGUCGAUGGACUCUGGUCAAGUUGUGGUGAUGAGAGGAUAUUCGUAUUCACGACAAAUCACAAAGACAGAUUAGACCCUGCAUUGCUGAGACCAGGCCGAAUGGACAUGCACAUCCACAUGUCCUACUGCACUCCUGAUGGGUUCAAGAUCCUUGCUUCCAACUACCUAGGCAUUACCAGUCACUUUAUGUUCCCAGAAAUAGAGAAGCUCUUAACAGAAGUGGAGGCAACCCCAGCAGAAAUUGCAGAAGAGCUCAUGAAAAGUGAACAAGCAGAUGCGUAUAUAGCUCUUGCCGGACUCAUCAAGUUCCUGCAAGCAAAGAAAAUUGAUCAUGACAAAGCCAGCACUGAAGGAGAAAAAGAAGUAGUGAUGAAAAGCCAGGAAGUGAAGGUGGAAGCUGAAAGCAAAAUUGAGAAGAAUAAGAGGAAGGCACGAAAGAGAUGUGGAAGACACAGAAGAUAAUGGCUUCAACAACGUGCAUGCAAUAAAUGUAUGGCCUGUAGAACUCAAAUAAUUCCAAAAGAAACUAUAAUAAUCACAGGCUUUUCUA